CUAUGUGUGAAAGUGACGCCUUUUCGCAGAAUUUAAGUAUUAUUUAAAUACAAAACAAAUUUCAGUGAUAAGCCGAAAUUGUGCUAUUAAAUACUUAAAAAUCAAAUAUAUUUACUUGAAUCGGUAAAUCAUGAGUCAAAAAGUAACAACACGUAAAGGGGCCAUAGGUGAAGAAAAGGAAAAGAGACAAACAGACAGCCCAGCGAAAGAUGUAAAAAAGAAAACUGCGAACGCGGAAAAAGAUAAACAGACGACAUCCGAAAAACCGGAGAAAUCUGACAAACAACAAGAAAAGGUACCAGAGAAGCCCGUAGAAAAAGACAAGAAAGACCAAAAAGAUAAGAAGGAAACGGAGAAAAAAGACAGUCCUCAAGAGAAGAAAGAAGACAGUAAAACCGAAAAGAGUGGAAAGCCCGACAAACCGGAUGGUAAACCGAAAGAGAACGGAAACGACGUACGUAACGGUACCGAGACGCCGUCGAAUGGCGGACAAGACGCCAACGGCACGGUGAGUGACACGGACGACGAGGCCUUGGUCAUUGACGAUGACGAGCCACAAGACGAGCUGUUCCCGGAACUGGCUUACGAUGACUCAGACAUUGAAGGCUUCGAGCCCCCGACGCCUGAGAAUCUGCCUAGUCGAAGCUUCACUAGGCGAUCGCAGGUGAAAGCGAGCCGGAGCCCGGAGACGCCGCGGCCGGCCUCCGACAAGCAGACCGCGGCGGACGGCGCCGACCACCCAAAAGAUUCUAAAGUGCUUAAACUGAAGGAUGACACUCUGGCAUCAGACAGAAAAUUGCGUUCUGCCGAUUCUCCUAAACCACAAGACAAGAAGCCACAGGAAGAGCCCCCCAAGGAAUCCGAAGGAGAGGAUCAAAAGGCGGCUGAGGACCAAAAAGCAGAAAAACCUCAAAACCUUGAAGAGAAGACCCAAAAGGUUGAAGAGCAAAAGAAAAUAGAAGAAGCAAAAGAAGUGAAUGAGGAAAGCAGUGGAGAUAGAGCGGACAAGUUAGAAGUCGAAGUCGUAGUGGAAAUCGAAGCUGAUGACGAGCCUCGGAAGGUGGACACGAACUACUCCAAGUCCAGGGUGAAGGUGUCUCCGUACCGGCGCAGCAUGAGGCUCGCCGACCAGACCACCAGCUCCGUCCUCGCCAACUACACCGGCAACAACACGACCAUGGAGAUGGACAUCACCGAGUCUUCGUUCGUGACGGCGGCGGAGGAGGAGCCGGCGCUGGACGACAGCUCGUACCUGCGCGGCCUGCGCUCCAUCCGGGGCAGGACCUCCUACAAGCCGCUCAAGGAGAUCACCCUCCGCCACGUCACCGCCGCCAGGACCAACCGCAGCGCCCUGCCCGCCGCCGCCGCCGCCGCCGCAGAGUCUCGCCCGACGGCGCCGGUGGUCGGCCGGAAGCGGAAGCCGGAGCCCGAGAGAGACUCUCCGCCGCACUCCGACAAGCGACUCCGCCUGCUGGACCGGAUCGCGGCCCCCUUCCGCCGCGGACCCGUCGGCCUCGUCACCCUGCCGCGGAGGACGCCCGAGAUUGUUGGGAUCAAUACGGAUCUACCGCUAACCGCGCCGGUCGCCUCCCCGGACACGUUCGACCCGGAGUCUCUAAAGGCGCCGCCGCCCGAGCCCGUCGCCACGCCCCUCCCGCGCGACGAGAGGGACGGCAAGAGGUGCGUCCUCAUGUAACGCGGGCUGAUGCCCCAGGUCUGCACGACAGGGAACACAAGAACUUUAAAUGCCACAAAUUAUCAGUUUCAAAGUAAUAAAACGAUCAUGAGAACUGUUUGCAAACGACAAUAUGUAAGGCGGCGCUAUAUUUGUCGUAAUAGUUACUACGUUAUUGCAUUUAGCACCGGAAGAAUUUCAACAAAUAUUGUCUACUAAACAAAAAACUAUGGGACGUCUCUUCGGAUUUUAAGUUUACAAGUUCAAUAUUAGUGACGUGGACCCGAAGAUGGUUAAAACAAAUUUGUGGAACGUUACGGGGAACCGCAGCUCGGCUGUGGUCCCACUGCCUCGGUACCGAAUCGAACGUGGACGGCGCCGCGACACGCCACGCCACGACACGACACGCCGGUCCGGACUUUCGCACCUAACUGCCUCGUUUAGUUCCACUAAAACUGCCGAGACCGGUCGGUCCUGAAGCGCUGUCCGAUAAAGCUUUUAAUAUAAUUCAACAGAAACAAGUACAUUUCAAAAGGAUUGAUGAAACCAAACUGUCAAAACUUAUUUGAUAAAAAAAGCACAGCUCAACUGUUAAUGUAAAUAGAAGAUAAACUGCAAACGUGACGCAGAACAACACCUGAGGUCCGGCAGCUUGCACAUAUUUUAUCCAUUGGGCUACUUAAAUAGUACUCUAAAUACAAUUAGAAAUCGAGAAUCGUCCUCACGCCCCACCCCGACAACCCCACCGCUGUGGUCUAUGAAUACGACCACCUCAAUUGUGUUUUGCACAAGCAGAACAAGAUAUUUGCAUUUCAUUGACAAGCUCGCGAUGUGUUUAAGAACGCGCGCUUUCAAAGCUCGCUUACUACCUAGGCUAGCAAAACGAGCUUAUAUACCUAAUGAUAGAUCGAAAUCAUGGAAUUUCCUAAUUUUGGAGAUCUUGAAUUGUGAACUAAAAUGCUUUUCAGAUGUUUCAUUCGAAUGCGCGUUCGUUCUCAAAGAUUAAACAUUAAUUAUUCACUGAGUAAAAUUCUAAAGAAAACAUUAAAAUCCAUCCGAAAUGUUAUUAAAACUAGAAAUUAUAAAAAAAAAAAAAAUGUUACUAAUAAUAAAUAUAGUAAUAGUUAAUAUAAAAAUAGUUUGUAAUUUUUAGUCUAUGAAUAGACGAGAAUUAGAGAUAUAAUUAUAUUUUUCAACAUGAUUAAUUUUGUAAAUAAAUAUGAAAUCGAUAAAGAAUUAAAAGAAAUUGAUUUCAAAAAUCGAUUUUGUUGUUGGAUUUUCAUAUUAAACUAACAUUACCAACGUGAUUCAAAACACUUGCUCUUUAUUGAUUUGCCUAACAUUACAACUACAGUAUCUUGUGGUCCGAAUUUAAUCGAUUAUUACAUACUCUUUGAUCUGCUGCAACUUAAAAAAAAUCUGUUGACUGUUCUUUCAUUUACCUAUAACUAUUAUACUAUAAAUGCCAUUGUUAUUUGAAAACAAAAUUUAUGUUCAAUACUAUAAAGCUCUGUUAAAUAAUGACGUCAUCAUACAAAUUGUACCACGACACCGCCCGACCACUUUAAAAUUGAAGAUUAUUUUCUCUCAUAGAAUGAUCAGGUCAAGUUCUUAAGAAAUUGUUUAAUAUGAAAAUUCGAUAUCGAUAAAUAAAGUGCUUUAUGAAUGACAGAAUAUUUUAAGUAUUAAUUAUCUUUUAGAACAAUGUGUUAUUGUAAUGUAGAUAUGAAAGGAAAAAUUUAAAACUCCGCUUUUAGAUCUAACGGGAUUUAAUGGCUGAGAAGGUUAUACACAAGUUCCAACUACAAUGGACCCGAAAUGGUACAGUGCGUCUCGAGCCUCAAUACUCGAGUCAAUACCAUUUGUGUCCUAGUCUCUGGAGAGUUCGGGUGCCCGCUUCAUGUAAGGUGGGCCGUCAGUACAGCACCGUGUGCUUCCAAAGCAACACGAAUAAGACGCGAUAUCAAAUAAUAAAAAAAAUGUCUUACUACACCAAGACUGUAAUAUAUAAAUAAAAUCGAAUAUCCUAUGUAAUUUUUCUAAUCAAAUCUACAAAUGUAUCGGACGUCUACCUAGAAACGGUAUUACGUUAUUUUAAAUUAUCGACGCAAUAUAUAUUUUUUGUUUAGUUUAAGCGGCACGGGACCUGUCAUGAACUAACUGUAACGAUCAGGUGCUGGCGUUAUUAAAUCGAAAAUUAUUAACGAUUCUCAUCGUUAAAAAUAUCGAUUUUAUAAUCGUCUCUGGGACUGGCGAAACGUUUUUAAAUCGAUACUGAUUAACGAUUCUCAUCGUUAAAAAUAUCGAUUUUAUAAUUGAUAACACGCGAGUACGAGAUAAAGAUCUGUGUGCUUAGUGCGAGUUCUUUAAUGUUCUCGACAGCGUAAAAGUUAACUCAAAUUUGUAUGGAGUUGGAGCAGCGCCCCUAGCGGCAAACGUAAAGAAACUCGCACUAAACACACUGAAGCUAAAAUGAAUGUCGAUCACAGAGCUUUUUGGCGGGAACACGAGGAGUGAAGUUGUGUGAUUUGUUUUAUUUUGUCUAUUUAGUGUUUCUUCAA